GACUACAAAGCUGAUGAAGACCCUGCGUUAUUCCAGUCGGUUAAGACGAAGAGAGGACCUUUGGGGCCAAAUUGGAAGAAAGAGCUAGCAACUGAUGAAGAGUGUCCUAAAAUGUGUGCUUACAAGUUGGUGACUAUCAAAUUUAAAUGGUGGGGACUGCAGAACAAAGUUGAAAACUUUAUACAAAAGCAAGAAAAAAGGAUAUUUACCAACUUUCAUCGCCAGUUGUUCUGUUGGAUUGACAAAUGGAUUGAUCUGACUAUGGAAGACAUUAGGAGAAUGGAGGAUGAAACCCAAAAGGAGCUAGAAGCGUUACGUAAUCAAGGCCAAGUCAGAGGAACAAGUGCUGCCAAUGAUGAAUGAUGAUGGAUUUAACCGUCACAUGCAGUGUUGAUAUACAAAUGUGUGUGUGGAUGCAUGAUUAUUUGUAUAUAAUUAUAUAUACGCACAUGCAUACUGAAGGGGGUUGUUACAGUGUCUCCAGGGUACUAUACCUGUCCUCAGCAAAGAUUCAAAGGAAACUGCUUACAUUAUGUAUACCUGAAGCAAAUAAAAAUCAACUGAGUAGUGUCAUUUAAAGGGUGAAUUAACUGCAGAAUUAUGCUAACUGGUAUGUUUCAUGAAUGUCAAUACUGGACCAAUUUAUUCCCUACUUGUUUUUUUUUUUUUUUCCUGUCUUGAGUCACUCUGCUAUAACUUGCCCAUAUCUCGUUGUAAAGAAACAGAUACCAAUAAGUUAAUUUCAGUUUUGUGUCUUCCCUAUGUGAUUAUUUUGGAAUAGGAACAAUGAAUGUAUUUAUAGCUAUUUAUUUCUGGAUUGUCAUUAUCCUAUAGUCAAAUCAGAAAAAAAUUUCUAUUAGUGGAAAUUGGAAGACUUUUACUGUUGAAUAAGUUUAACCCAAACUUUACCCAUUCACUGAUUUAAAAGGAAAAAAAAAAAAAAGUGUUUUAUUGGACUUUUGUACAUUGAAAUGCUAAUGUUUUUUCUUCAUUAAAAUUGGCAAGAUUAAGGAAAAA